UGGGAUUGUUGGGCAGCCCCUGUGACUCAGUCGACUGAAGAGACAGACACCAAAUGGUAGGUGAGAGAGGAGCCUUUAAUGAAAGAUGAGUUGUAGGCCUGGACUGCUGCUCCUGCGCCCUUUGUGGAUUGGAGAGAUGCCUCCUCCUAAAAUGUCUGUAUUUACCCUCAUAAUCCUCCAGUGGAAGCCCCUCUUCCGUGGCUCAGGGAUCACCUCUUCAGGGAAGCGGUCUUCCUUCAGGCCUGAUUGCAGGGCGAGAGGCGUGAUUGGGCGGCUCCUGUUCGGAAUCAACGACGGGAACUUGACACCUCCGGCCACAAGAGCACUCCUGCUGGCCGGCUCUGUUCGCUGUCUCUCUCCCGUCUCUUGCUGGUAAACCUCAGUCUGCGGGCUCCAGCUCUUGCGAGCGCUGCACCUGGUGAGGCUGCACCCCGGUCAGCGCCAGCCCCAGGGAGUCAUGGCAGCAGAGCCUCUGACUGAGUUGGAGAUGGCCAUUGAGACAGUAGUCACCACAUUCUUCACCUUUGCAGGGAAGGAAGGCCGGAAGGGCAGCCUCAGCAUUGAAGAGUUUAAGGCACUGAUUACUCAGCAGCUGCCUCAUCUGCUCAAGGAUGUGGGCUCCCUGGAGGAGAAGAUGAAGAGCUUGGAUGUGAAUCAGGACAUGGAGCUUAAAUUCAACGAGUACUGGAGACUGAUUGGGGAGCUGGCCAAGGAAAUCAAGAAGGAGAAGGCCCUGGAGAUCCGGAAGAAGUAAAGCCAGCUGGCUGGGAUUGGGGCAGGUGGGGUAGGGCUGGGCAGGGCUGGGCAGGGCUGAGCAGAACCCCACUUUCCCCAAAUAAAGCUUCCUCCUUGAAAUGCAAGUGUUU